AUUUUUAGGUUAUUAAGUGAGGUUAUGUACUGUUUUUUUUAUAAUCAAUUUUUAAAAGUUUUUUGGACUAUUUUUAAGAUGGAACUUUAUCUAUUUACUGAGAACGAUAUGAAUUAUGUAUUGAAUUAUCGUCUUAUUACUACCAAAUAUUAUUUGUUUCUUAAAAUAGCUUGUUCAAUGUUGUAUGGUACCAGCAUCAAACCGAUUCAAUUGCCAUAACAAUUUUACUGGGAGAAAUCACCACUUAUUAUUUAUAUAAUGAUGUAGAGACUUAUUAAAGGAUAAGAAAUAAAUGGAUAAGAAAUAAUUUAAAAUGUAAUGAGGGGCAAUUCAUAAAGAAAAAUGGUGUGCAAAAAAUAUGAACAAAAUGAAACAUGCUGAGCAGGUGCUUUACCAUAAAGGUUCUUCUUUGGCUUGGUGUUUUUUGUAAGCUGUAAGAAAAUUCUUUGUUCAAUGUGUGUUAACAACCAAAACCCUUAAAAAUUUAUUUUAAAUCAAUAAAAGCAUAAAUAAAACUUUAAAUAUAUCACAGACAAAGUCAUAUUACAGUAGAAUGCCUGCAGAUGUAACAUAUUCACACAAUAUCAGAUUUAUUUCAAAUGAGCUGGUAGCUAGCAAUGAUACCAGGUUAAAUAAUAAAUAUAUAUGUUUCUUAAAUAGAUCUGCAAAUAGUUUCUGUCGUUGAUUAGAGUAUCUUGGACAGGCGAAAAAGAUAUAGUCUAGACCCUCUUCGCCACAUCUGCAUUGUGGGGUAUCUUUAAUUCCAAUUUUAAACAGAUAGGUCAAAAGGUCUCAAUCAUGGAAUUUUUUGUACUGUGUGUUGGCGCAUAACAUACCUAUUCCCUUUAGUUGAGCUACUUCUAGUCCAGUCUUGUUCCCAUUGAUGGUUUAUGUCAUCAAUAUCAGCCGAUAUAAUUCUUUUACAUAGAUUUUUACUCUGUGAACCUCCUCCUAGUGUCCCCUGUUCGCCAAUUCGUCAGCUUUUUAUUUCCACUCCAGUAAUAAAAAAAAAUCAAGUAAUUCAUUUAUAAAUGACAAAUAAAAUAUUUCAACUUGUCACUAACAGCAAAAGUAAUAAAAGAUAUUAACUUUUACAACUUACAUUCGCAAUGAUUACCGAUUUUGAUGAUAAACAGCUCGAUCUUGAUCCAGAUAAUGUAUCAGGAGUUGAUUUAGAUAAUGAAUUUAUUAAAGCAAAAACUUUUCUUCAAAAAAGUAGUGUUUUUACAGGAGAUAAUCUGUAUGAUCACCUAACAGAAGUCUUAAAUCAAAUCUUAGCAGAACGGCCAGAAAAUGUUAUUGACUUCUUCGAAGAAUAUAGUAGAAAGGUGAAAGAAAAAAGAUUUCAACCCAUGACGGACCAUUUAGAAGAUAUUUACGUAUCACCUUUAAGAUAUUGUCUUGCAAGGAAGAUUUUACCCUUCUUAAGACCAGCACCACCAGAUGAAGCAAGUACCGUUGAUCCGGAAGAUGUUGAAACGGCUGACAUGUCUACAAAUGAUAUGUUACAACUUUUGUAUUAUUUUGAACAGUGCGGAGUGGGUUUACCAAGGGAGGAAAUGUUUGCGAUAAUGUUAUCGAUGAGAGUGUUGGCUAAAAAGGCACAACUCGCUGCAAUAAGAUUUUGGGGAAAAAUUUAUGGGACUUAUAAAAAUUAUAUUAUUCUUGAAACCGAGUUGAAGGAAGAAGAGAUUAUGAAAAAGAUCGAGGCCAUUGAAAGUGAAAAAGAAGCGGAGGAACAACGGAUUAUGGACGAAAAAGAAGCUUUGGAAGCACAGCAGAAGUUAGAUGACCUCGCAAAUCAAGAGGUGGGAGGUGAAGAUGUACCAGUUUCGAAGAUUCCAAGACAGUUACCUCCGGCUCCACUAAAUCUUUUCGAAGAAGUUCCUGAAUGUCCACCAGAACUACCUGGAACUGGAGUUAAUAAAAAAACUUAUUUCGUUUGUAAUGAAGUUGGAGAUGAAUGGAUACCGCUCCCCGAUCUUAUUCCAAUACAGAUAAGAGUUGCUAGAUUGAUAUGUAAAUCAUUCACCGGUAAUUUAGAACAAGAGAUUAUAACUUAUCCAGAAUUCCAAGGAACCGAAAAAGAUCUUCUUCGAGCUCAAAUCGCUAGAAUUUCAGCGGGGUCUCAAAUAUCACCGUUAGGUUUUUAUACUUUCGGUGAAGGAGGCGGUGGGGAAGAAGAAGAAGCCGAAGCUGAAGAAGCGCCUACAGGUGGUGAACAAAAAACUACUUAUAAUGAAAAUAAACGUUAUGAACCUCCCCCGAUUAGAGAUUUAACAGAUGGUUCUAUGUCAUUUUGGGUUCACCACACCCUCUAUAUUUUACCGCAAGGUAGAACUUCGUGGUGGAAUCCUUAUCCAUCCUCUGGCGGUGCGGGAGGUGAAGAAGAAGGGGAAGGCGGGGAAGAAGAGGAACCAGAAAAACCACAAGGUCCUCAUUUAGAACCAGAAACUGGCCCACCUCUUUUAACUCCGUUAUCUGAAGAUGCUUCUGUAGAAGCUGUCCCACCAUGGUCGGUUAGAGUUUCUUCUAGUUUACUUCAAGAUUACGCAAUCGCGAUUGUCAGAUCUAACAUAUGGCCGGGUGCGUAUUGUUUUUCAACACAAGGGAAAUUAUUUCAAAAUGUUUAUUUGGGAAAUGGCUUAAAAUACAUUGCUUACAAUUUUUCUCCUCGUCCAUUACCGCCCGUUGAACAAGAAUAUCCUUUAGGACCUGAAAUUAUGGAGAUGAUGGAUCCUACAGGUGCCGAAGAGGAAGCUUGGAGAAUAGCUCAUCUUCCUGUUGAGAAACCUGUUAAAGUAAUGGGUGAAGGAGAGGAAGGCGAAGAAGAACAACCGGAAGAAGAGGAGGAGGAGGAUGAUGAAUAAAAGUUAAUUUAAGUUUUUAUAAGUUACUAUUUUAGAAGUAUUUGAAUCAACAUAAAAGAGUAAAUAAAAUUAAUUUACAGAA